UGAUUUUUAAUAUUCCUUUGCGACUGUUGCUUGUCAGACUGUACGAACACGAUCCCCGCUGUAAGCCAUGUCACACUGUAGGAUUUCGGUUGUCAUUAAUGUCGGACUGUACGACAGUCAAGAUGCGAAAAACGGACGCACUCACGUGAGAAGACUCAUACGAAGGAGGAGAAGCCACACUACAAGACUGUGCCUCAGAUCUUCCGACACUGGUAGAAUUUAACCGGAGGGAAAAAUUUGAUCACAGCGGCCGUUAAUUGUCUGUCAGGGAACGCGUCAAACUAGCGAUCAGUGCCUACAGAUUUUGGCCUAGGAUUAUAGGAAUCUUUUAGGAUUCUCCAAAAUUUGUCUCAGACGACCAAAUCGUGGCCAAAAUCGUACCGUGUGAACCCGGAUUAAUACGUACUUGAGAGAUAGUACUAUGGAUGCGAGCCUGAGCAAUAACGACGUGCUGGAUUCACUUGUGCAGGAUUCAAGCUGUUUCCUUCUUAACCAGUGUACACUUCGAAAACGAAUAGAAGGCGGGUGUUUGAACAGCCAAAGACACAGCCCAACAACGGCAACUUCGGCACGGUGUUUAUAAUGUUGGGGGCGGGGCACUUCAGAUUCUUGACAGCAUUUGUUUGGACAGAGAAGCCGAAGUGCAGGGCGAUGUCAUCAAAAUUGUCGAUUCGUAUUGGUGCUAGAGAGACUGUACAUGUUAAAUGCAUACAUCUUCUAAAUGCGAAUUUUGUCAUUGUUUUGGAGCACAUUAGCUUGUAGAUAACCUGAAGCCCAACAUAUUCAUACUAACAGCCACAAAACUUCAAUUUCGAUUUCAUGCGGGCUUCGUCUCAGCAGCGCUAGUAUGACCCAAAAAAUGCUGCCUUUCUUGAGAGCCUCCUCCCAAGUGAAUGAGCAUUAUGAGGACCACUGGUUUCCUGACGCACCGUUUAGAGGUUCGGGAUAUCGCUGUAUCCGGAUCAAUCACAAGAUGGACCCGCUAGUAGGGAAGGCCGCUUACACCGUCGGCCUCAGCAGGAAGCAGCUUUUAUCCCUCUUACCCUGCCAGCUUACGAUGUGGGUCGACCCCUACGAAGUGUCCUAUCGUAUAGGGGAGGACGGGUCCAUUGGUGUACUGUAUGAGUCCACACCACCCCCGGAGACUCAUCUGAACUCUGUGGACAGCUGCAAAGAGAAACUGAGACUGGGUCACUCGAGGACUGUGAUUUCCAGCUAAUGACUCUUUUGUUUUAUACUUCUUUUUUUUUUUUUUAAUGAUUUUUGUAAAUCGGAUAUAUUUGGAUUCAAUAAUGAUUUUAAUGCCUUUACAAUUUUGUAAUUUUUUUUAUACAUUUCAAUUAUAGAUGAUGCUUUAGUUUUUUUUCAUAGUGUUACAUAUUAUGCAAAUGAAAUAUAAAAUAUACUACAUAUACAGUAAGUACACGCUUUAGGUGUAACUGUAGCCCAUUCGUUGCUAUACACAAUUUCUAACCCCUCUUUACCACAUUCAUCAGUGGGAACGGUCCAUCAUAGGACCACAGUGAGCCAUGAGAGAACAUGGUAUCUUUGGUUUGAACCCACUCUUUGUUCAAGUGAUCAAAAAUAUCCGAACAGGUGAUUGACAGGUGUGUCUUGUUGCCCAGGUGUGCCCUGUUAGAUUGAUUCUUUAACAAUAACUCUGAAUGUCUACUCUUUGAGACCUUGGUUUCAGCUGUGAAGACUGUAUUUGUUGUUUAAAAAGUAUAAACCGACAUGAAGACAUUUAAACACCGACUCCUAUUUUCAUUGUCAUCACAAUUCUUUGCUUCCUUAAAUUAAUUAAACAUAACUGACUGUGAUAAGCCUUAGUAAGCUUGACUGUGGUGUAAAACCUCAGGUUCCCCAGUUGUGUGUUUUGUUACUGGUUUGAAAUAGUCAGUUAUUCAUUUAUUCAGACUGUAAUCGUGUUUGUAUUAAUUAUAUGAAAAUUCAUGUUACUAAACAGCAGUGUUAUUUUGACUCAAAGAUGUACAUGAUUGUGGAUAAUAAUGUGUUUUCUCAAUAUUUAAUAAACGUGCAGUACAGUAAAAAUAGUUUAUUCCUAAUUAGUUGAGAAAUUAUGAAAAAUAAUCUUCGUUUCAAAGUAUCGUGAUUAAUAUUUAAUGCAUUAUUUUAUAACAUACACAUGCCCUAAUUCAGCCGAGCAUUCUGAUAGGUUCUUCCCUUUUAAUGAAAUGAGAGUGACCGGGAUACGCUAGCUCAGGGGUUCCCAAACUUUUCCAGGGCGAGGCCCCCCAAAUGGCAUUAACAUUUAACCGAGGCCUCCCUUUUGCAAGAUGUCUUUAAAACACAUUAAAAAUACAGACUUCUGAAUAUACCCCCCCCCCCCUUUUUUUUAUUAUUAAUAAUCACAUAUUUACAUUACAUUAGGAAUUGAU